UCCAGAUGAUUGGAACUGUUAUUUCACAUAUUUGGAAUCUUAUUUACAUUUACUUUCUGAACCUAAUGUGACAGAGAAUGGUUGCAGUCCAGCUUCUGUUAAUUUAGACGAAGCUCGUGAAUUUUUAUAUUCAUUGCAAAAAAGUGUAAUAGAGAGUCCUGAAAUAAAACGUGGCCCUUUCCUUGCAGAACUUAAAUUGGAAAAGAACAUCGUCGAAAAAUUAAAAGAUUGUAAACCGGCAAAAGAAAUCGAUACUCUUGUUGUCGAUUAUUUUCUCAGGUUUGGAUCCAAAGCAUGUUGCUUUGAAGAUUUGCAACCUUAUUUGAAAGAAAUUCCUAUAGAUUCGACUAAAAAAAUAAUCGAGAAAUUCAAGGCUACAAUUGAUGAGUCGAGUGAUAACAAGUCCAAUAUUCGAAAUAUCCAAAAGAAUAUAAAUAUUCACAAGUUUGAGAGAUAUUUAAAUUUACUUGUAGAAUAUAACGAGGUCGAAUCAAUACAAUAUGUUAAUAAACUAUGGAAUUCAUACAAAGACUCGCUUAAAUAUGGAACUAAAUUAAUGGACACAGAAAAUCAAUAUGGUGACGAAUUUGUCGUAUUAUGUUCACAUGUUUUGAUUGAUUUAUAUAAAAAAGUUGGCAAAAGCAGUUAUAUCUUUCAAGCAAUUUGUCUCUUAGAAGCUGCAAUGGCAAAAAGCAAUUAUAACUUCCAAUUCAAAUUACUUUUAAUAAGAUUGUAUCAGUCUAUUGGCAUCUUUGAUAGGCCAUUAGAGUUGUACAAGUCAAUGGAUAUUAAACAUGUUCAACUGGAUACUAUGAGCCACUACAUAGUUUCGCGGUCAUUUUCAACAGGAUUCUUUGAAGAAUCUAUUCAAACUUGUUAUGAUACACUACCUAUUUAUCGCAGUAAUGAUCUUGAGACACCUGAGAUGAUAGUACAUGCCUUCAAAUAUACAACAUUUUCCAAAAUUCAAGAAUUCGUUGCACUUCGGAGAGAACUUGAAAAUUCUUUACAGAAAACACUUGUUUGUCGAGAAUUAAUGCGGCUAGAGAUUUGGGUUGCUUCAAAAACCAAUAAGCAAGUAAUGGAGUAUCUCCAAGAUUUGGAGAUUUCUGAUCUUUUAUAUGAUGAUGACUUUUGUUCAAAUCUUCGAGAUAAUAGAGAUUUUAUUUCCAUGCCAAAUUUCAAUUCUGAUAGCAUCCCAACAAUGGAAGAGAUUACUAAAGUAUCGCCAAAACUUGAUAAUGCCGAUAAUGUUAAACAAAUGGUUGAAGAAUUAGAAAAAAUAUUAAUUGAAGAGAACAAUGAUAAUCAUUAUAUAAUGGAACAGGAAUUGCAACUUGGCAAUGUAAUCGUAAAACUCGGUCAUCUUUUCAUAGCUGUAAAGGAAAUUCAAAAUGGUCAAAAAGAAUCUUUGCAGAAUUUCGGGUUAGUCAUUGAAGAGCUUGUAAAUGUAAUAAAAGUUUCAGAACCAAUUGAAAAUUCUCAAAUAAAAUCACAUGACAUCAAAUGGUUGUUGUUUCAUCAAUUUACUUCUUUCCUUGAG